AUGGGGCUGGAUAACUCCAAGAUUCUCACCUCAAGCAAGGCUCCAUUCUACAGCAUUGUUCCAAGAAACGCGGCUACACCGAUCGGUUCAGUAACACUGCCAGUUACCUUUGGGACAAAAGAAAACUACCAUAUGGAGUACAUCAAGUUCGAGGUGGCAAACUUCGAGUCCUCAUACCAUGCCAUCUUUGGCAUACCUGCUCUUGCCAAAUUCAUGGACGUACCCCAUUACGUCUACCUGCUCCUCAAGAUGCCAGGCAAGACAGGGGUCCUCAACUUUCAUGGCGACUUGAAGAAGUCCUACGACUGUGAUCAGGUGGCAAUCAAAUAUGCCUCGACUACACGCAUGCCAGAACCUUCAUAUGAUGUAUUCGCGGGCGCACAACAGCUCUCCUAG